GUUGAUCUUUGGUUGUCGUGACGACCGGGUUCGAGCAAGCACCCCCUGGUGAAGCACCCGGUCGGAGCGGAUCUUUCUUUAUUCCCGUUGACUGAGCAAUUCGCUUGCUUUAAACUCUGGAAAAUGGUAGUCGUGGACAAACCCAGGCAUCUAAUUGUUCUCACAGCUGGACAUUUCUUCGGCACGGGACAGCAAACCGACGAUGACAUCGAGGAUCGAGAGAUUCUCGAUCGUUUUCUGGAGCAAUCGUCGUGCAGAACUCUGUGCGCCCGGCCGAUCGACGAGGAUCGGAAUCGCUUGAAACUGACCAUCGAGGUCCCGGCUGGCAGAAACACACUUGUUUUUUUUAAGGUGACAGCGGCGCCGAUCACAGGAGACAACUUUCACGACGUGGUUCAAGUGGCUUCCACCGGUUGCGGUGACAGUACGGUAUUGAUAGAAGGUCUGCGGCAAGUAUGGACACCGACCCUCGAAUCGUCCGGUUUGAACACGUCAUGUCUGAGAAAAUUGGAGGAGAAACUGCUGAGUUCCGGAUUUUCAAUCACCGUCGCGGAGGAGGAAGAAUAUUGGACGAGGAGAAGGGACGAGGUCAAACGGUCGCACGAGAAAGCGACUUGCGACGAAGCCGUUAAACUGAUAAAAAGCAUCAGGAUCGAAUUAGAAAGCGCCGCGGUGUCCAGAGACGGAUUGAUCGCCGUGGAAGAGGCUUGCGAAGCUAUUUCGGUAUUCGCGGACGAUUUGUGGAAACUUGGAGGACCGGCGUACACCGAGGAACGAAUGAAGUCGCUUCUAGACGUGAUUGGAAACGAAGUGGUCAAAUUAACACAAAGCUAUCUCGAUGCGGUCGGUGUAACUGACGCUCGUGCGAGGGACGAGACAAUCGCUCUCGGAGCUACGGUGUGCGAAAAGUGGACGAACGUCACGCAGAAAUUGACGGAGCUUUUCUGGCCGCAUCACUCGCUGCAUCCUUGGCGCGGAGCGAUCUUCGUUCCUGAAAAAUGCUCCAAGUUCGGCAAAAUCCUCAGACAAAUAUCCGAGUUGCGAGCACAACAUCGCCAACUGAGCAGACUUCUGACUCCCAACGAAAGAUCCGGUCUCGGCAUCGACGCUCUGCUCCAAGCGCUGGACGACACGAAAAUUGCGUUGAACGACGACGAGCGGGACGGCGAAUGGGAGAGACUGAGGAGUAAAAUCGAAGAGGGUUUGGCGCCGGCUGAGGAACGCGUCGCCCAGAAGCUGAAAAACCACAUAGCCGACGCCGAUACUCCGAACGCUAUGGUGGCUGAAUUCGCGCGAUACAGCGAACUGAUCAAGAGGGAGAAACUCAAGGGAGCAUUGCGCGGAGAACGGGAGUCUCUGCUUUCGGCGUAUCGCGAUCUGAUCGAAAAUCGCUUAGCCGGUCCCGACACGGAAAAUCUCUUGGACGCUCCCAGAAUAUUGCAGGAGAUUCAGGCCGCUAGAUCGGCGGAAGUGCGAUUGGAGAGCCUGGCUAAAUUGGGAAAAGAGUUGCUCGCCGAUCUCCCGGGCUACAAGGAGGUGGCGGCGCGACUAUCGAACGCGUUGAAGGAAGUCGAGGAGAAGAAGCAGGAUCUCAUUGAAUCAUGGGUGACCAACACCAAGAACGACAUAACGAGAAAAGAAUUGAGCCUGGGCACCGAUUCGCCGGUGGUCGAGCUCACCGGCACCAGCAUGAUGCGGGUUACGUACGAUCCUCGACUGAUGACUCUGAUCAGAGAGGCCAGAGCGUUGUCCGGCGAGGGCGUCGAACUGCCGAGAGAGAUCAGAGAGCUGGUGGACAGAGCCGCGUCUUUGGCCGGACGUGCGAGAGCUCUUCAGCAAGUCGCCACCUUUCACAACACGAUCGGCGAUCGGAUGGUGCCGUCUCAAAGGCCUCUCAUGCUGACCAUAGCUCUCGAAUUGGCCCGGGCUGUUCAGGAACAAUCCGGUGUUGUCUGGUCCGAUCCCCAUCUCGUCGAUGUCUACACCGCUCGAUUGAAAGAACUGGUGGUAAAAUUCGCUCGACAAAAUUCGGAACUGAUUUCGAAGCAUUGCACGUUGCGAGACUACGUGUCGAAUCUGCUGAAAGGCGACGCGGUGCAUCUCGUGGGAAAUCAAAACAUAUGGAAAGAGACGCUCACGAACAUGAGAGCGAUCGUUGACGCCGUGGAUUCGGAGUACGGCAACGCGAGAGCUUGGAAGCUGCACUGGGAUCGACAACUGUUGAAAGCACUGAGUGUGGCGUACAGAAGUGCCUUGCCGUCCUUGUCACGAAAAUUGUCGGAGAUUCGGGUGGAGCUCACCUUCCGGGACGGAUCUCUUCAGUGGAGACCACCGCUCGAGGACAUUCGCGCCAAGUUGUACUCCGGCAUAAGGCGAUCGCUUUCGAUCCCGAUAAACUUUCGAGGCGUGGGUGACGUAGCGGACGCGCAUUUCGGAGAUCUGGUUCAGAAGAACGCGUACCUCUUCAGCGGCGUUUACAAGCAAAUCGAAAUUGUGCUGUCCACUCUGGAGUCGUUCAGGAUCAAGUGGCUCGGUCUGGCAACGCCGGCCAACAUUGACGUCGGGGAGCAAUUGAAAAACAAACCUCCUCAAGAAUGGGCGAAAGCCUUCAAGGAGGCCAAACAGUGGGCUCAAGAGGUUGGAAAAUUGCGAGGUUGCGACGUAAAGAUCUCGUGCGUGUGCGUCGAUACGGCGACAACGAGGAGCGACUUGGAGACCGCGUCUCGUCGUUACUGGGAGCGUUUGUGUUCCGAUUUGAGAACGGAGGCUUCGUCGCGGCUGAUGGCCGUCGUGGAUUUUCUGUCCUUCGCGUCCAAGGAGCUCGAGCGCAGACCACGAGACGCGGAGGAGGUCGGACUGGCUCACGAAGCACACGCGCGCAUCGAGCAACAGUCGGCCGGGAUCGCCGACGAAAUGGAGGCAGUUGCUGUGCUAGCCAAAGUUAUGGCUGCUUGGACCAGCGAGAAACUCGACGGCGUUACAGCGGCCCACGCUGCUUGGCAGGAGUUAGGAGAUCGUCUGGAGAAGCACAAAGCCGUCAUGGCACGUCUGUUGGAAGACGCCAAAGUCAAUCUUCGUCACAAAGCGAUAGCGUUGAGAGACGAGAGAGAAAGAUGGCAGGCCAAGUGGUCCAAGAGAUCCGACAACAUCACCCUGGACUGGCUGAUGUUGAUGAAGGAACGUUGGAUCAAUCUGAACGAGCAAAUGAAUUCUCUGAAAUUAGAUUGCAAGAGAAUCUCUCUGGAUCUCGAAACCGUUUUCGAGGACGACGAGAUCAAUCUGUCGCAAUUGGAGCGUGAGCUUGAAAGCGAGGAGUCAAAUUACAGAUUCCAAUCUGAGUUUUUGGAAGAACUGAGGAACCAAGAGACCGAGGAGUGGGCCGUGGCCAGGAAAAGAUUGCCGAGGCUUCACGACUGGCUCGAUUCGUGGGAGAGUAAAAUUCACUUAGAGAACAAUCACGAAAUCGACACUUACGUCGGCAAAAAGAUAAACGAAGUCAGAUCGGCGAUCGAGGCCGUUCAGCUGCUUCGCGGCGACGAGCUCGCCGAGGAACACUGGACCGAGUUAAUUCCCAUACUCGGUUUGAAGGUCGAGAACGCGCGAGACAUCACUUUGGGUCACGUGUUCGCUUGUACAAAAGUCUUGAAGGAAAACGAAGAUAAAAUAAAAACAAUAACGAAACGAGCGCUCGCGGAAAGCGGGAUUCGGCAGGCCUUGAUAGAUCUGGAGAUCUGGGAAAGUACAGCGUCACUUUCGAUGCAAGAAUCCACUGACAGUAAAAACACGACCGUUCUGAUCGUCGGAGACUACGGCAGCUUGUUGGCAAAAAUAGAGGAGCUGAGGCUUUUGCUCGAAGGAGCGAAAGGUACAUCGGGACACGACAGGUUCGUGUCCAGAGUUGCGCGUUGCGAAGCCGCCCUGUCGGAGCUCGAGGAAAAGAUCAAGAUCCUCGGCAUCGUGCAGAGAAAAUGGAUCUAUUUGGAUCCGGUUUACGGGAGCGGAGCCGCCCCCAAUGAUUCCGGAAGAUGGUCGAGAGCUGACAAGGAAUUCAGAUACCUCAUGGCCGAAGUGUCUCGGGAUCCUAAAAUACCGUCGUUGAGACAAUUUUCCUUGUCGGCUUUGACAAAUUUGAAGGAUCUAUUGGACAGGUGUCAGAAAAGUCUGGACGAAUUUUUGGAGGAAAAACGAACGGCUUAUCCCAGACUGUACUUCCUCAGCGACGAGGAUCUUCUCGAACUGAUAUCAGGUAGUACACGAGGCCUGGAGGCUCACUUGCCGAAGUUGUAUCACGGUUUGGGUUCGGUGGUGAGAGAAAACAACACGUUAACGGCGAUCGUGUCGCCCGAGGGAGAAGUACUGAGGCUGCCCGAGGCCGUCGAGCUCGCUGAGCCACUGCCGCAAUGGCUGGACAAUCUCGAGAGAGGAAUGAAAAACGCUCUCCGUCAGAGUUUGGACAAGUGUUUGAACGACUCCACGCCCGAUCCGUCCGUCUAUCCCACGCAGAUACUGUUGUUCACCGAGAGAAUAGGAUUCACCGAGCGUUGCGAGCGCGCGCUCAAACAGGGCCACGCGGCUCUGCAGAAGCUCGUCGAGUUUCUGGAAACGCAGAGGGCGAGAUACAGAGGAUUGGAAGACGCCGGCGACAAAUUGACCGCGCUUAAAGCGCGCAAUCUUCUUCUCGACACUGUUCAUCAUCUGCAAGUGGCCAGGACCUUGUUGAGAAUCGUCGCAACCGGCGAAAACGCCGGCUGGAUCUGGCACAAACAAUUGAGGAGUUACAGAACCAGUCAAGGCAUGUACGUGGUGCGAUGCGCUGGCGCGGAGUUGCCGUACCGCUUCGAGUACCAAGGCGCGUCCAUCGGCCUGGUGAGGACUCCCUUGACAGAAAGAUGCUUCCUGGCGCUCAUGCAGGCUAUGAAGCUCGGACUGGGCGGAAGUCCAACCGGCCCAGCCGGAACGGGAAAAACCGAAAGUGUCAAAGCUCUGGCGUCUAUCCUGGGUAGACUAGUGCUCGUUUUUAAUUGUGACGAAGGAAUGGAUACCGGCAGCAUGAGACGAAUCCUAGGCGGUUUGGCGCAAGCCGGCGCCUGGGGCUGCUUCGACGAGUUCAAUCGCCUCGAGGAGGACACUCUGAGCGCGGUGGCGAUGUUGGUGAGGCCGCUUCAGGAAGCGCUUCGAAACGGAUCGCCCGAAAUUUUGCUGGGCGAUCAGAAGGUCAAGUUGAAUUCGCACUGCUGCAUCUUCAUCACCAUGAAUCCGGCCGGGACCGAGUACGGGGGUAGGCGCAAACUACCGGAUUCCCUGGCGAGACUCUUCCGACCGAUCAAUAUGGCGCAUCCGGACAAGCUUGACAUCGUGAGAACUUUGCUGGAGUGCGCCGGUUUUCUGGAAGCGGCCACUCUCGGCAAACGACUCGUGGAGGCUCUCGAUAUCGCCGGGACCAUGCUCUCCGAGCAGCCGCACUACGACUGGGGCCUCAGAGCGCUCAAGUCCGUGCUCGACGCGUUGCGCCCGAUCGCCGGCGCCGACGAGACCACCAGACUUCUAGUCUCGAUCAAAGCGUCAACCUUGCCGAAGCUGACGGAGGCCGACACGGCGAAGUUUCUUUCGCUGCUGAACGAUCUCUUUCCGAAGACCAAUUCUUCCGAAUCCACGGAGAACGAGGAUCUGGUUGUCGUGCUGUUGAAAGUCUGUGACUCACGCGGACUGACGAAGGAGAUCGCCAACAGAUGCGUUCAACUGAACGAUCUGCUGAAGAGCAGAACCGGCGUCGCGAUCGUCGGCCCGGCGGGCAGCGGGAAAACGUCAAUCAGAUCGUGUUUGGCCGAGGCGAUGACGAAGAUAGGCAAAUCCGUGUCGCAGGUAAUCGUUUAUCCCGGCGCGAUGCCGAAGAAGAGAUUGCUAGGAUACGUGAAUCCACGAACGAGAGAAUGGAAGGAGGGUGUUCUGUCGAGUACGAUAAUGUCCGCCGGAAAUUCCGCCACCUGGAUCGUCUUCAACGGAGACGUGGAGCCCGAAUGGGCGGAGGCGCUCAACUCAGCCUUGGACGAUAAUCGACUGCUCACGUUGCCUAACGGAAUAGGAGUUAAACUCGGUAGCGGCACAAGGUUUAUUUUCGAGACGCACAAACUUGCCGGCGCCAGUCCCGCUACAGUUUCGCGACUGGGUGUUCUCCACUUGGGAUCAACGAAGUCGACGUCUUUACUGGUGCCGUCGAGAUUGGAACAACUUUCUUCAACGGUUGCGGAGGUCGCGAACGCUCAUUUAUGUUCGUGCAUAGACGAAACCCUGAAGACAAAUGCCGACGGCUUGUCCGCAGCCGGUCUGAUGUCUGCUGCACUGUGUCACCUAUGUAGAUCGGAAACCUUCACUCAAACCACUCACGCACUUUUGGUCUCAUUAUGCGGCCACAUUAAAGACACACAGUCUAGAGACAAUUUGGCGAAAUUUAUUUACAGCUCGACCGACGGUUGGUGUCCUGAUCCACAAAAACCAAAUGCGGUUCUCUACGAUCGUGAAACCGAUCGACUGAUGCCCUACGGUGACACGUUCGAGUCUGUUGACAGCGACCGCGGACCUGUUUCGAUUUCAGAUCGCGUUAGAAAGACACUGGCGGCUAUUUUACCUUGGAUAGAGGACGGCCAUCCGAUCAUGAUUCGCGGAUCUCAAGCUUGCGGCAAAAAUGUUCUGAUUGAUCUCGCGUUGACGAGGAUCAAGAAUUACGAAGACGUGACCGUGGUGAGAGGAUCUUCGCUCUACGGUAUCGACGAUCUCGUGACUCGUUUGAAGAAGGCGUGUCUGCGUCUGGAAUCUUCCUCGCAAGGUAGAACGUACAAACCGAGAAGCGGAUCGCGAGUGCUUCUUGUCUUGGAAGACAUGCACCUUGCCGCCAAAAACUUACAGGAGUUGGUGAGAGAAUUGAUUCAGGAGGAAGGAUUUUUGGAAGACGACCUUGUAUUUUCCAAAGUGUCCUUAACAAUCGUAUGCACUGCCGAUACGUCCGCUCGAUUGCAUCCCAGACUCGAAGCUUUGUUUGCAACUUGUUACCUGGAACCUCCAAGCCAAAAGGAAGUCGCGAUAAUUCUCGAACUUCACUUGAGAACUUCUUUGAAAAAAGUGGACUACGUUAUGGCGGAAUCUUGGAUCGUCCGAAUGAAACCUAAUAUUUUGGACGCUUUUCGAUUCGCGUAUUCCGCUCAGGAAUCGUCUUUCGUCUGGUCCCUUAAAGACUUCGUCUUUUGGACAAUGGGCCUCAAAUAUUAUCCCACGCCGGAAAACGAAGCGGACAUCACUCGUUAUCUGUUGGACAUCGGACAACGUCUGUUUCGCGCUAGAUUAACGCCCAAAUCGCUAAAGCGAUGGGAAUCCUUGCUACUUUCGAAACAAUUCGACGUGAAGGACUUCGACGACGAUACGUACGUGUGGAAGGACGCAAAUAUCGGAUUAUAUCCUUUGAGCAAGGAACAAUGGCGCGAGGAGAUAAUCACCACAGCAGCCAGAUGCGCCAGGGAAGGUCAACCGAUACAGACGUCGAUUUCAUCCUAUCUUUUGGAAACUGUAGCUGGACUGAAUUGGGCUAUAGGAUGCGAUUUUCGCGGGAUAAUUUUGAUUGGGCGACCAGGAGCGGGCAGGAGAUCGGCGGUCAAACUGGUUGCGACUUUCUCUUCUUUUCGACUGAUCGACUCAGGACCUGAACGCGGUAAGGUGGCGAUAAAAAACGCCGUGCAGAGCGCCGGUGUCGAGGGUCAAUCCGUCUUGCUUCUGUUGGAGGAACAUCACGCGAGGGAAGAAACUCUGGCCGUGUUGGUGAGCGCCAUAGUGUCCAAGGGCGAAAUCCCGGAGCUCUUCACCGCGGAGGAAUUCGAGACGUUGGUCGCACCGUUGGCCGAUUUAGCUCGAAGAGAAGAUUUUCAGGGAACGUUAGAGCAUUACUUGUAUCAUCGCUUGCGCAAGUAUCUUCGAGUAGUUGUGAUCUUGGAUUCAGAAGACAUCGAAUCGUCGUGGUUCCUGCGUCUGGGUCUUCUGCGAUACUGCGCGCUUCUCGGGCCCGGGUUCAACGAGUGGUGGUCCCGUGAGAGCUCGCUGAUCGACUUGGCGGUGCAGGAGGAAACUUUGCAACUGCGCGAGGACGAAGAACCGCCAGCCGGCGCGAGGAUCAUACUCGAGGCCCAUUUGCAAGCACCGCGACAUCAGAAGGCGCCGGCGAGAUUUCUCGCUCUCAUACACACGUGGAAACGUCUUCGCGACACGUGGAGCAAAGAGGUCGAAGAGAAGUUGCGAUCACUCGAGGCUGGCAUCGGAAAGCUGGGAGAAGCCGGCGAGCAAGUGGCCAAGCUCGAGGACGAAGUAUCCAGGCAACGUCAAGAACUUGAGACGGAAAAGGGAAGAGCUAACGCUGCUCUCGAGCAGAUCACCGCCACGAUGAGAGGCGCGACCAAUCAGAGAGGAGAGAUGACGAGCUUGAAAGCCAAGACCGAAAGCGAAAGCGUCGAACUCGCGCGGCGCAAGGCGGAUAUUGAAAGCGAAUUGGGAAAAGUGGAGCCUCUCGUCGAACAAGCUGCUCAAGCGGUGGCUGGCAUAAGUGCCGACGCGUUAGCUGAAGUUCGCUCGUUGAGAGCUCCGCCGGCGCCCGUGAGGGACGUGCUCGAGGGUGUUCUCCGGCUGAUGGGCAUAAAGGACACAUCUUGGAACAGCAUGAAGACUUUCCUCGCAAAGCGAGGUAUCAAGGAUGAGAUCAGAAACUGGGACGCGAGACGUAGCACAUCAGCCAGUUUGGAAGCGGUCGCCAAAUUAAUAAACGAACGUCCGGAGAGUUUCGAGGAGAAAACGGCCAAGAGAGCCUCGGUGGCGGCUGCCCCGCUGGCCGCUUGGGUUCUCGCUAAUCUCCAGUACGGCCAGAUAUUGGAACAGGUUGCUCCUCUGGAACGAGAACAGAGACAACUGGCCGAACGAUUGGCGGCGGCCGAGACGCAGUUGGGAAAAUUGUCGGAGGGACUGAACACGGUGGAAAGUCGCGUGGCGCAGCUUCAAAAGGAGCUCGCCGAACACACGAGAGGCGCGGCCGAGCUUCAGCUGCGAACCGAAGCCACGGAGGCGAGUCUGUCGACAGCGCGGGCUCUUUUGCAAAAACUCGACACCGAACAUCGCGACUGGCAGUCUCAAUAUCAAGAACUGACCGCUAGGAAGGAGAGACUGGACGUUGAAGCGGCCAACGCGGCCGCCCUGCUGGUGUAUCAGGACCCCAAGAGAGAUGACACCUGGCAAAAAGCGGCCAUCAAACUGCUGGUGACCGAGCGGGAGCGACUGCAAUGGAGAGCACACGGUUUGCCAGCGGACACGAGCAGCUUGGUCGCGGCCUCUCGCGCGCUAAAGGGACCUUUGGUGUCUAUUUUCUUGGAUCCCUCGGGCGUGGCUGUGUCUUGGAUCAAACGCAGCAUCGGCUCCGGACUCGAAGUCACGCAGCCGGGAAAUACGAAAUUUCUGACAACCGUGGAACUCGCGGUGCGAUUCGGAAAGCCACUUUUGAUCGAGGAACUGGUCGAGUUCCCGUCGGUCUUGCUGCCCGUUCUCCGCCGGAAACCUCUCAGGUUGGGCGAUCGCAUUCUGCCGGCUCAGCAAGGAUUUCAACUCUUCUUGGCCACCAGAAAGGACAGGAUGGAGGACGUUCCGAGAGAGGCCGAUGCUGUGUUGUGCCACAUCGCGCUCGGCGCCGGCACGAAGAGCUUGACGGAGAGAUUCGUGGAGAAGCUCCUGUUGAACGAAACGCCGGAGCUCGAGGCGCAAAGAAGAGAAGCUUUGGAGAGGGAGGAGAAAUUGUCCGGGGAACGAGACGCGGCCAGACUCGAGCUGUUGAGUCAGUUGGCCACAGCCAGGGGCCAGGAUCUCCUGCAGGAAUCCCAGGAAGAGGGAGGACUCUUGUCCACGCUGGAGGCGACGCAGUCGAAAGCGAAGGAAAUAACGGCGGCUCUCGAGAAGAGCAGACAGAACCUGAACGAAGUCUCCAAACGGGCUAAGGAUCACGAGCAAUUCGCGCAGUUCGCCGCCAACGUUUACGAGACCAUCAGAGGCGUAACGGUUCUCAGUUCUCUGUACGUUAUUUCCGCGGAAGCUUACACGGACAUCUUGCUGAAGGCGGUACAGGUUGACAGUUCGUCGGGCGAAGACAAGGACAGAAAAAACUCGCUGAUCGAAAAACGAUUGAUAAUUCUGACGUAUCACCACUGCGCGAAAGCGAUCUACAGAAAGCACCGACUUCCUCUGGCGCUGCACAUGGCGUUGUCGUUAAAUCCGAUAUCGGAGGUCGAGAGAAAUUUCCUAUUCGACAAGGGCGGAAACGGCGGCGCCGAUAAUUCGGACUUCGAACCGCCCGAAUGGAUACCGGACGAACGGUGCGACGCUGUGCGAACGUUGGGUUCCUUCUUGCCGGAUGUGGCCGCUAGGAUAAAACCUUCCUGGUUGAAGGACACCUCCGGCAUUUUCGCGGACAGUGAGCUCAGUCCUUUUCAGAAAGUCCUGGUCCUGAAAGCUCUGCGACCCGAUUAUUUGCACACCGCUCUUUCCAAGUAUGCCGCCAAGCAGUUAGGAUUGAAGAACCUGGCACCACCUCUGUGGACGUUAAGCGCGAUCGCUCAGGAAAAGGAAGCGUAUCCCGUGCUGUUGCUUUUGUCACCGGGAGCCGAUCCUGGUCCCGAGCUCGGCGCGCUGGCUACGAAACACGCGGCCGCUGGAUUUACGGAGAUUUCGUUGGGGCAAGGACACGUCGCUCAAGCGGAACAAGCGUUGGAAACCGCAUGCAGACACGGCAGCUGGAUAUUGCUGAGCAACUUGCAGCUCGCGCUAAACUGGUUGCCGCGACUGGAGAGCUUGCUUCGGUCGCCAAUGUGCACCUCGAACAAAAAUCCCUCCGCGAGAAUCUGGCUGACCACCGAGGAAUGCUCGGGAUUCUAUCCGGGUCUGGCGGGGCUGUGUUUGAAACUUGCUUACGAGCCUCCCGAGGGCGUGAAGAGAAACAUGAGGAAAUCGCUUCAACAAUUUCGACAGUCGCAACGUACCGACGACAUUUCGGCCGCCGUUUUGGCGCUCUCCUGGUUGCACGCGACGUUGCAGGAACGACGGAAUUUCGUUCCCCAGGGUUGGAUCAGAUCGUACGAGUGGAACGAGUCGGACUUCGAGGCGGCUUACGAGUUGCUGAUCAAAGACGCGGCGAAGGAAAAGCGAUCGCAGCAAGAGGGAGACUGGCAGAUUGGCAGAGGUUUGCUCGACGUUGCGGUCUACGGCGGUCGUCUUCAGGACGAUUACGACGCGAGGGCGUUGCGCUCGAUGAUACGCGACGUGUGGUCCCGAGACAUCUUCGACGGUCGUCGAAAACUGGGAAACGCGUUGAAAAUAACCGACGCGGUCCUCGGCGAUCCGAUAAAGUCGCUCGAGAACUUGGACGAUGUCGACUCGCCCAAGGAGUACUUCGGACUUCCCGCGAACGCUUACAGAGCGUGGGAGAGAGCCGCCGCCGAGAACGCUCUGACAUAUUUGGAAUGUAUCUCAGCGAAAUUCUUCAGUAGCAAAGAAAGAAGUGGCAAGAAGUCGGAAAAGUCGAAGGUUCAACGAGAACUGAAGGAACUUGUGGAACGACAAUGUUCUCAGACAAUUGCGAGCGAUGCGACGAGCGAACAGACGAGAAAUCCUUUGCAGGACUUCUUCGUAGAUGAGAUCAAUCUUACGAGAAAGUUAAUGAAUGUCGUACAAACGAACGUGGACGCGUCGUCUUUCGAGAAUGGUGAAAUUCCGAAGCACUGGCACGAAGAAUGGCGCACCGGUCCGAGGAACGCGAUGCAGUUUGUGAAAGCGCUUCUGUCCAAGCACGAAACGUUAAAAACCUUAGCGAUGGGUGUGCCUCGCCGAGUAGACUUGUCUCAAUUGUCGCGACCACGUGCUCUUUUAACCGCGCUCAAGCAAUAUACCGCACGAGAGCUUGGCUAUCCGUUAGAAACCCUUGAGCUCCGCGCCAAUUGGGUCGAGAAUCGUACGAAAAAAGAAUGGAAGAUAUCGAUCCAACUCGAAGGCCUGCUUAUAUCAGGAGCAUCGAUCGAGGAUGGUGUUCUGAAAGACUUGGACGCGGAUUCGGCAGCGGUCGCUUUAGCCCCGACGUGUCAAGUGGCGUUUGUACCGGAAGAAUAUUCUUCCGAGGAUAAAUCCGGUGGCGACAAUCUCAACUCACUCGAGGACACGUAUCGGCAAGAUUAUUUAAACAUACCGGUUUACACAAGUGUGCAACGGGAGAUGUUGAUUUGUUCCUUACCCGUCACGUGUCUGAGGGAAGAACGCGCCACGUGGUUGCGUCGUGGCGUCAUUCUGUAUCUGAAAUAAACUUGUGCAACAAUGUAUUGGAUAAUUUUAACGUGAUAAUAAUAUUACGUGAUGUUUUAUUUAUGUUUUGUUCUCUUUAACAAGUUCGAUAAUUUAUUAAUUUAAAACAGUUAUGUAACAAAUGCGUGUGAGAGAAUAUAACUUUUAUUAGAUUUUUCACUCAUUAUUUUCAGUUUGACAAUUUAUUAAUUUAAA